AUGGUUGGGCUGGAAGAUAAUACUGAGAAAGAGAGGUCACCAGUCGUAGAGAACGGUUUUUCCAAUGGAAUUCGGUCUUCGCCUAGCACGGGUGUUUUGUCUCCAUCACGAAAGGCUAUUCAAGGGAAUGAUACACUUUCUUAUGCCAAUAUUCUUCGGGCAAGAAAUAAGUUUGCUGAUGCACUUGCUCUCUAUGAGAAUAUGCUAGAGAAAGAUAGCAAGAAUGUUGAAGCUCACAUUGGGAAAGGGAUAUGCUUGCAGACGCAAAACAAGGGAAAUCUAGCUUUUGAUUGUUUUUCCGAAGCAAUCAGGUUGGAUCCACAUAAUGCUUGUGCCCUCACACACUGUGGUAUACUUCAUAAAGAAGAAGGGCGCCUCGUAGAAGCUGCUGAGUCCUACCAGAAAGCACUGAUGGCAGACGCAUCAUACAAGCCAGCAGCGGAGUGUUUAGCCAUUGUUUUGACUGACCUUGGAACUAGCCUGAAGCUGGCUGGGAAUACUCAGGAAGGAAUUCAAAAGUAUUACGAAGCCCUUAAGAUUGACCCGCACUAUGCUCCUGCAUACUACAACCUAGGUGUUGUGUACUCUGAAAUGAUGCAAUAUGACAGUGCCUUGGGCUGCUAUGAGAAGGCUGCACUUGAGAGGCCUAUGUAUGCUGAAGCAUAUUGUAACAUGGGUGUCAUCUAUAAGAAUCGUGGUGACUUGGAGAUGGCAAUCACUUGUUAUGAGAGAUGUCUAGCUGUAUCUCCAAACUUUGAGAUUGCGAAGAAUAAUAUGGCCAUAGCUCUGACAGAUUUAGGAACAAAGGUUAAACUAGAAGGUGAUGUGAGCCAAGGAGUGGCAUAUUACAAGAAGGCUCUCUAUUAUAACUGGCACUAUGCAGAUGCUAUGUAUAAUCUUGGGGUGGCUUAUGGUGAAAUGCUGAAAUUUGACAUGGCUAUUGUAUUCUAUGAGCUUGCUUUCCACUUCAAUCCACAUUGUGCUGAGGCUUGCAACAAUUUGGGAGUACUUUACAAAGACCGUGACAACCUAGACAAAGCUGUGGAGUGUUAUCAGAUGGCUCUUUCGAUCAAACCAAACUUUGCACAGUCGCUGAAUAACCUUGGCGUCGUCUACACAGUCCAGGGGAAAAUGGAUGCUGCUGCCAACAUGAUCGAGAAGGCCAUCCAAGCAAAUCCCACGUAUGCAGAAGCUUUUAACAACUUAGGUGUUCUUUACAGAGAUGCUGGAAAUAUAACUAUGGCUAUUGAUGCUUAUGAGGAAUGCCUCAAGAUAGAUCCAGAUUCUCGCAAUGCUGGCCAGAACCGAUUGCUUGCCAUGAACUACAUAAAUGAAGGACUAGAUGACAAACUAUUUGAGGCUCACAGAGACUGGGGUUGGCGCUUCACAAGAUUACACCCACAGUACACUUCAUGGGACAAUCUGAAAGAUCCAGAGCGACCUAUCACCAUUGGAUAUAUCUCACCAGAUUUCUUCACUCAUUCAGUAUCUUAUUUCAUUGAAGCACCCCUCACGCAUCAUGAUUAUACAAAGUACAAAGUGGUGGUUUAUUCAGCGGUGGUUAAGGCAGAUGCAAAAACAUACAGGUUUAGGGAUAAAGUGUUAAAGAAAGGUGGAGUUUGGAAAGAUAUAUACGGAAUAGAUGAGAAAAAGAUAGCAAGUAUGGUACGAGAAGACAAUAUCGAUAUUUUGGUAGAACUCACUGGUCAUACGGCAAACAACAAGUUGGGAACAAUGGCCUGCAGACCAGCACCUGUUCAGGUUACUUGGAUCGGCUAUCCAAAUACUACGGGUUUACCCACUGUUGAUUACAGAAUUACAGACUCCUUGGCUGAUCCCCCAGAUACUAAACAGAAACAGGUUGAGGAGCUGGUCAGGCUUCCAGAGUGUUUUCUCUGUUAUACACCUUCCCCAGAGGCUGGUCCUGUUUGUCCAACACCCGCCAUUUCCAAUGGCUUUGUCACAUUUGGUAGUUUCAAUAAUCUUGCAAAGAUCACACCUAAGGUGCUGCAAGUGUGGGCUAGGAUACUGUGUGCAGUUCCCAAUUCUCGUCUGGUUGUAAAAUGCAAACCUUUCUGCUGUGAUAGCAUUAGGCAGAGGUUUCUCACGACGCUGGAGGAGCUUGGGUUAGAAUCAAAGCGCGUUGAUCUCUUGCCACUGAUUCUUUUCAACCACGACCAUAUGCAAGCUUAUUCCUUAAUGGAUAUAAGUUUGGACACAUUCCCAUAUGCUGGAACUACCACUACCUGUGAAUCUCUCUACAUGGGAGUUCCAUGUGUUACAAUGGCUGGUUCAGUACAUGCUCAUAAUGUUGGUGUCAGUCUUCUCAGUAAAGUUGGAUUAGGAGACCUGGUUGCCAAAAAUGAGGAUGAGUAUGUUCAGUUAUCUGUUAAUCUAGCCUCUGAUGUCACAGCUCUUUCCAAAUUGAGAAUGAGUCUCCGAGAUCUAAUGGCUGGAUCUCCUGUAUGUAACGGUCCUUCCUUUGCUGUUGCUCUUGAAUCCGCGUACCGGAAUAUGUGGAGAAAGUACUGCAAAGGUGAAGUGCCGUCCUUGAGGCGAUUGGAAAUGCUGCAAAAAGAGGUCCAAGAAGAUCCCUUAAUCUCUAAAGACUUGGGACCAUCAAGACUCAACGUUACUGGAGAAGCCACUCCGUCUCUCAAGGCCAAUGGUUCUGCUCCUGUACCUUCCUCUUUACCAACUCAAUCUUCGCAGCUCACAAAGAAGAUGAACUCCACUAGUUAA